CAUACACGCAGUACACGUCUGCUAGUUGGACGUGUACAUGUACACAGAAAUGUCCGUCUGCCGGUUCAGUCGUAGUUGCUGAAUAGUUAUCACACCAAGGUGAAGAAAUGGCUGGGGAAAUGUCCGCAAUCGGCUCCGUUAUUCUGGCUUUAUUCCUGGCUGGCUAUCUCGGACAACAGUAUCUGCCUCCUCCUAAACCCAGGGUGAUUGGGCUAGAUCUCGGGACCACAUUUUGCUCAGUGGGAGCGUUCCAGCCGGGAACAGGAGAGGUGGAGGUCAUCGCAGACGAUAGGGGUCGAAAAAGCAUCCCAAGCGUGGUGUCCUUCACUGCCACUGGCAUUUAUGCUGGACAUGAAGGCCAGGAAUUAUCUGACAUCAAUCCACAAAACACGAUUUACGAUGCCAAGAGAUUUAUAGGAAAGACUUUUGACCAGGAGACUUUGGACCAAGAGAGUGCACGUUACCCAUUCAAGGUAAUGCUUAACAACGGAAGUGCAGAGUUUUUGGUGUCUACGAACGGUACUUUCACAGUGAGCCCAGAGUUCAUCGGAUCUCGCCUUCUGUUGAAAUUGAAGAAGAUGGCAGAGCAGCAUCUGGGAGUUUCCAUUGAGAAGGCGGUUAUAUCUGUGCCUGCAGAGUUUGAUGAAAUGCAGAGAAACUACACGAUCAGAGCUGCCAACCUGGCUGGGUUGGACAUCUUAAGGGUUAUCAAUGAGCCCACAGCGGCAGCGAUGGCCUAUGGGCUGCAUAAAGUGGAUGUGUUUAAUGUACUUGUGGUGGACCUGGGAGGAGGGACACUGGAUGUAUCUCUGCUUAACAAGCAGGGUGGCAUGUUUCUUACCAGAGCCAUGGCAGGUAAUAACAAGUUGGGAGGACAAGACUUCAGCCAGCGUUUGUUCCAGUACACCAGCGAGCGGGUGCGCCAGCAGUACGGAGUGGCCCCCACGCUGAAGGAGGAUGUCCAUCGGCUCCGACAGGCCGUGGAGACAGCCAAGCUCAGACUGACUGUGGAGCCCCACGUGUCCCUCAAAGUUCCUCUCCAUCUGCAGAUCACAGGAGCCGAGGGUCUGCAGGAGAAGCAGGUUAUGUUCCAGGCCGAGCUGACCCGCGAACUCUUUGAAGACCUUAAUGCAGACCUCUUCCAGAAGAUUCUUGCUCCCAUUGAGACUGUUCUGGUAGAGGGACGUCUAGAUAAGGACGAGAUUGAUGAAAUUGUUCUAGUAGGGGGCUCCACGAGGAUCCCCCGCAUUCGUCAGAUUAUCAGCCAGUACUUUGGCAAGGAGCCAAACACGUCUGUGGACCCUGACCUGGCUGUGGUGACUGGAGUGGCCCUCCAGGCGGGCAUCAUGGGAGGGGCCUGGCCGCUGCAGGUCAGCGCCAUUGAGAUUCCAAACAGGGAUCUGCGUAAGACGAACUUCAGCUGAGAACAAAGUGAAGCUGUGGUUGUUACUGGAUCAUUGGUCAGAUACCUGUGCCCACGCAACAAGCUUAGCAAAUGGCUAAAAUACGUUUCUUAGUUUUGCUUCCUCAAAUGCAUUUGUUUUGCGGUAAGUGCUCGAAAGCUGUGGCAGUAUGCAGCUAUAAUUAUAAAUUAUUGCGGAUGUGGCAGUAGCAUGUAGCAGUUUGGGCUCUUGAAACUACUACAUUCUGAAUUUGAGUCAAAAAUACUUCCCCCAUGUUUAUGUGGACAUUUAUAUUGCACUAGUCUUACAAAGUACAUUGACAAAAUGUUGUACUGGUUACUCAGCAAACAGUCCUCCUCUAGCAAUUAAAGCAUACUUAAAGUAGAACCUGGCAAGCUUUGAAUCCCAGUUUAUCAGAUCUGUCAGAUGGUCUGUUUACUUUUCGGUGCAGCUGAACAUGCAAAUCACAUUGCAGUGACAGAUUUCAGAAGUGGGGGGUGUAGUUUUGAGAGAACAAGAGCUGCACAAUGUUGUUGGUAGGAUUUGUACUUUUUAAAAAUCUAUGAUUGGACCUUGACGACUCAUGGAGGGCCCUGGAAGAGAUGCCCAGCCUCUGGCUAUAAGGACCAACUGCUUUGGUAAAAAUGUGGCAUUUCCUACAGGAAAAGGAGUCUGGAGACCCUCUGCAGAUCACGCUUAUAUGCUGUGGCAAGUUGCGAUGCAUUUUGCUUUCAGAGCGCUGGAGCAAGGCGUAAAAGCGUCACCCGCGGUGUUGCCAAGGCUAAUCUUUUUUUGUAAAUUGGAAGGGGACCUGUUGAUGUCCUUCUGCUAAUAUUAGCUGGACUGAAACUGUACAAAUGAAAUGUGACCAAUUUGUUCUUCAGCUAUUUAUUUAUUUAUUUUUUCUGUGUUGUCUUUUUUUUUUUUAUAAUUUUGCUUGUGCCUUUUAGAAACUGUUGUCGUUUUAUUUGUACAAAACUGACUAAUAGUGAUGGUACGGCUUUUUGCUAAUUAGUUAAAAGGGAGUUAUUGUAUUUGUGGAAUAUUUCCACCUGCCAACUGUGCAGUGAGCGCUUGUAUUCAUAGAACAGACAAACUACUGAUCCACUCAACUGUUGAAAUACGAUGAAUUUUAAACCUGAAAAGAAAACUCAAACAAAAAUGCGGGGAAAGUGAGUGCAUUUUCAAACUAUCAAAGGUUGAAACUGAACUAUGUAAAUUCUUGCAUUCUUAAGUACUCCAGUCAGUGUAAACAUACUGAUACUGAGAUGUAGGAUAAUAUUUUUUAUAUAGAUCAUGUUUACUGUAUUGCAAUACAUGCCAUCCAUUCCCACUUAUUUGUAAUGUAUUUACCACUUUCAACUGAAUUACACUUAGAAUAAUAAAGAAAAUGCUCUACUUUGUUACACUGGUUAGAGGAACAGUGGGAUAUACGAUGCUGCAAGUUUAUUUAAGUUUUCAAAAUCUACAGCAAAUGAAAAAAAAUAUGGGAACAUAUAUAUAUUUUUGUAUAGAAACAUAUAAGAGCCCCAUUAUCCUUGAUUUUGAUUUGUCCCCCUGAGGCCGACUUAUAGUGUUUGUUUGGGUUUUAUGUACCAAAAACAGUCGGAAGUGUUGCAUGACCGUUUCCUAUCCUCUCUUUAUCCCUAAGAUUUAAACAGGCUGUUUUUGAUACUGUGCCUUUAAGAUAUAAUGUUUGUAAGUGAUUCUGUUCUGAUUGGAUGUUCUAUAUUGUGCCUCAUUCAAAAAGCAGUCCCUAAAACUUUAGCAUUAAUAGGCUUAUAUGUGAAAGGACUGCUGAGUGAACAGAAACUUUAACAGUAUUGACAUACUACAGCAAUCCUUUAUUUAAAAAAAAAUGAAGAAAAGUUGUUUUUAAAUGAUAUGUGCCCUUAAGAGCUUAUGCAUAUUAAUUACAUGUGCCCAGGUUUGAAGGAGUAUAAAAUCUGUGAACCUACAAUAUAUUCUUCUAUUAAGAAUACUUUCUGGGCCUAGGUCUCCUUAAUGUACCAUUUCCAAAUAACUAAAUGGGGCCUUUUCACCUUUUUCUGCAGCUUUGCACAUGAAAUUGUAACAACAAAAACAGUUGUCAAGAUUUUUUAUUGAUUGACAUCCGACAUACAAAAUAAAAACAUGACGUAGCACUGUU